UCUAGAUCUAUCUAAACUCAAAUACUCAAAUACUCAACUAGCAGAGCACUAGUUAGAUUAGAUCUAAUAGUUAAGUAUAGACUCCGGUAGAUCUAGAUUCUAGACUAGAUACUAAUAGAUUAGACAUUGCUAGUCUAGUAACUAGAUUUGACUGAUUUAGAUUCUAGAUCUAAGUUACUGAAUGAGACUUAAUCGAAAUCGCUUCAAUUAUUAAAGAUGAUCUUAUCACAGAUGGCAGCUGUGGAACACAACUAUGGGCGCCAGCUUGCCAAACCACUUCACAUUCAGCAGCUUGAAGCAGCCUUAAAUUUGGAACCCUUCAUGAAAUAUGUUGAAGCCGUGGUUUGUGAAAAUAUUGAGAGUUUGGAUGAAAGUGACUCAUCAGUUACAGAUGUCUUGAAGUCAAGUCUGAAAGAACAUGAGGAGAGUCAGGUUUUUCAUGCUAUGUCUAACUAUGAACGGAAAGCUGAUAAGACAAGGCUCUACAAUCUAAGUCAAGUCAAGAAAAGUAGAAGAUGGCUUAGGACAAUAUUACUGAGUGAUAGCUCAUCAUCUGAAGAUGAUGAGAUGCCUCUAAAAAUGGAGGAUGUACAUUUUAUGCUGAGACUACAACGCCACAGAAGAAGGCAUAGAGCAAGAUUUUAUCAAGAUUCUGAGCUGCGCCAGUACCAGUACUUGAGCACUGGUCUGUUGUCUCACUAUGACAGAUAUCCAGAACACAGCCUCACCUUUGUUGGACAUAGAAAAAAGUUGGCCAAAGAACAGAAAAAACAAAAGGCAAGGGCUAAAUUAAAGAAAUUAAAGAAAGAAAAUAAUUUAGAAGAUGAUGGAGAGGAGAUUGAUCCGUCCAUAUUGCAAGUGAUUUUAGCCAAGAGACACGAGAAGAAGAAAAGCAAAAAACUGACGGCAGAACAGGCGGACAUCAAAAGAAGAAAACUCUGGGUCUCUAUAGCAAAAAAAGAAAUUCCUCGGGCUCAAAAGCAAAAAGUUUCAGCCCGCAAAGAAAUGCUAGCCACAAUGAAAAAGGUGUCCACCCAGGCCAUGAGAGAGUGCCGUAGGACUGCACUACAGUCCCAGAAAACAAUGAAAGAAACACCAUCGCGUGCUAGGAGGUUGACCAGAGAAAUGCUCAUUUACUGGAAGCGAUUUGAAAAAGUUGAAAAAGAACACAGGAAAAGGGCGGAGAAAGAGGCGCUGGAACAAAGGAAGUUGGACAUAGAGCUAAGGGAGGCCAAGCGUCAACAAAGAAAACUGAACUUUUUGAUCACCCAGACGGAGCUGUAUGCCCACUUUAUGGCACGUAAGAUAACAGGGGAGGGCAGCCAGCACCAGGAGAGUAUUUUAGCCCACUUGGAUGAAAGAAACAAGGGAAAGAACUCAAGACACAUUAACGCUGGUGUUCUGGAGGACGAGCUGCUGGAUGAUGAUUAUGAUGGUGAAGCAAUGAAAAAGUUGGCUUUGAGCAAUGCAGAAACUGCUUAUAGCAAAAAUAUCCUGGAGCGCAAAGCUUUUGAUGCGGAUGCUUGUAAGUUUGAUCAACAUUUCUACUUAGUGAGUGGCGCAGGAAGUGAGACAGACAGCCUGAAGAGUGCCCAGCCAGACAUGUUUGCAGGCAAGCUCAAGGGCUACCAGCUCAAGGGCAUGAACUGGGUGGCCAACCUGUACAACCAGGGCAUCAAUGGCAUCUUGGCUGAUGAGAUGGGGCUGGGGAAAACUGUACAAAGCAUCGCUUUUCUUGCAUACCUGGCAGAAGUCCAGAAUAUCUGGGGGCCAUUUUUGAUCAUUGCUCCAGCCUCCACCCUUCACAAUUGGCAACAAGAGGUCUCCCGCUUCACACCAAGGUUUAAGGUGGUACCAUAUUGGGGCAAUACUCAAGACAGAAAGAUCCUGCGCAAGUUUUGGGAUUCUAAAUGUCUGCAUACAGAGGAGGCAUCCUUCCAUGUGGUCAUCACAUCCUACCAGCUGGUCAUACAAGACGUCAAGUAUUUCCAAAGGAUCAAGUGGCAGUACAUGGUACUGGACGAGGCUCAAGCUAUUAAAAGUACUACCAGUGUCAGGUGGAAGAUCCUCCUAGGCUUCAGCUGUAGGAACAGACUCUUGUUGACUGGUACCCCUAUACAGAAUAGCAUGGCAGAGCUCUGGGCUCUGCUUCACUUUAUUAUGCCAACUUUAUUUGACUCCCACGAUGAGUUCAACGAGUGGUUUUCUAAGGACAUUGAGAGUCAUGUGGAAAAACAAUCCGGCCUUGAUGAAAACCAGCUGUCCAGAUUACACAUGAUUCUGAAACCCUUUAUGUUGAGACGAGUCAAGAAGGAUGUGGAAAAUGAAUUGUCUGACAAGAUUGAAAUCUUGGUCUAUUGUCCCUUGACAAGUAGACAAAGAAGUUUGUACCAGGCAAUUAAAACCAAAAUCUCAAUAGAGGACCUUUUGUAUACGUCCACUUCAUCAUCUGCCCAGUCCAGCAGUUUAAUGAACAUUGUCAUGCAGUUUCGCAAGGUCUGUAACCACCCUGAACUGUUUGAAAGAAAUGAGGCCAAGUCACCAGUCCACAUGCCAGCCACCACCUACAUCCUACCAAAGCUUAUUUAUAGGGAAGGUCAACCAGAGUUUUUGCAGCAUAUCAUCCUGAACAAGUUAUACAUUUUUUCUCCACAUCACAUCCACUGUGAUCUGUUCCACUCUUUAGGCAACAAAGGAUUCCGUUGUUUCUCAUUUUCUCGCCUCAUCAACCUGUCACCUCAAGAAUUAAAUCAUUACAUGCUUGGAGGCCUGCUUGUACCAUGGCUUACUGUGUCUGGAUUGAUAAGUCAGCAAUUUCUAUGGGCUGAAGAAAAAAGAUUCACACCACGCAGGAGCCUGUACAUCCCCCCUGUCCGUGUGCUGGAAGAGCUGGUAUUCACCAGCUACACAUCAAGGUUCUACACACACGACACACUUGUCUUACACUACAUGCCAGAGACUUUCGCCCACAGACAGGCCAGGCUCAGGAGAAGUAAACAUUUGGCCACACACUCCCCCACCAAGGCAGCAGGAGGCCUUGAUGAGAUUUACCAGCACAAAUACAGGUCACCCCGAGCUCUCCAAUGUGUCCAGAUUGACUUGCCAGCAUUCUUCUUAGUUCUCUUACCAAAGGUGACAUGUCCAGGAGCUGUGCAGUAUUCUGUUGACCGCAGCGCUGAGUGGAGCAGGCAGGGGGCCGGGGCCCGUCUAAUGGCUUUGGCUGCUCCAGAAUGUUUGGUCAAACCUCAUUUUGGUUGGACUCCUGUACAAAUACCAGACAAAGAAUCUUUGGUGACUGACGCAGGCAAGCUCUAUGUUCUGGACUCACUGCUCCAAAGGUUGAAAGGAGAGGACCACAGAGUCCUCAUCUACUCUCAAAUGACCAGAAUGAUUGAUUUACUCGAGGAGUAUAUGUGGUACAGAAAGCAUACGUACAUGCGUCUAGAUGGUUCUUCCAAAAUCUCUGAGAGACGUGACAUGGUUGCAGACUUCCAAACUAGGUCAGACAUUUUUGUCUUCCUGCUGAGUACAAGAGCUGGAGGGCUUGGCAUUAACCUCACAGCUGCUGACACGGUCAUCUUCUAUGACAGUGACUGGAACCCCACAGUAGACCAGCAGGCCAUGGACCGAGCCCAUAGGCUGGGACAAACCAAGCAAGUAACGGUCUACAGGCUCAUCUGUAAAGGGACUAUAGAGGAACGUAUUUUACAGAGGGCUAAAGAAAAAAGUGAGAUCCAGAAAAUGGUUAUCUCAGGCGGCAGUUACAAGCCUGACACCCUGAAACCUAGAGAGGUUGUAUCCCUGCUCAUUGAUGAUGAGGAAAUGGAAAAAAAGUUGCUCACUCGACAGUUUGAGAAAGUGGGGGAUGAUCCCAAUCUUGGCACCAUUUUUAGGAAGAGGAAAAGGGAAUACAAGAAACGAGAUGGCAGUAAAAAGAAAAGUGUGACAGAAGAGAAGAAUGUGACCAUACCUGCCCCAGACCAGGACUCUAUUGGUGAUUCCAUGCCAGCUAGUCCGAUGUCAUUCUGUAGUGAGCUGACAUCUGCCCACAUGUCAGUCGGCAGUGAGGCCACGGCACAAGAUGACAGCAAUGACGGGGGGCUGGUUAUUGUGGAUGACAGCUUGCACUUUACGCCAGUCUCUAGUCCUGUUGUUGAACCCCCCAAGCGAGGUCGAGGCCGCCCCAGGGGCUCAAGUGUAGGCAAGCGAGGGCGAGGGCGUGGCAGUGCCAGAAAGGCCAUGUCAGCUGCAGAAAUAGCAGGGGCGCAUGCAGGCAUGACGGCAGCUUAUGCUGCCUAUGGCUACAACUUAAAAGCCUCAGGACAAAGCAAGAGCUGAAGCUUGAAAUAAAAAUUUUAUUCUUUGUGUGGUUUUCAUUU